AUGGAUUUCAUGGAGAAGCUGAAAAUUUGGAAGAAAAAGACAGACAAAGAAUGUGAAGGCACUCCUGUUGUGUGGUUCGAAACCUCUGUCUCUGUUUGUCGCCGCUUCCAGUUUGAACCCCAUGGCCAACUUUCCGUGAAGAUUGUUGGUGAUUCUCGGCCAUUAUACCACAAGAUUGUUGACUCAUUCCUGAAUAAAUUUUUCCCUUCAGGAUAUCCGUACAGUGUGAAUGAAGGUUACCUCAGAUACACUCAGUUUCGAGCACUGCAACACACUGCCAGUGCAGCUCUAUCGGUUCUAUCAACUCAGUCACUGCUAUUUGCUGCAGGCUUGCGGCCCACUCCUGCACAAGCAACUGCUGUUAGUUGGGUUUUAAAGGAUGGCAUGCAACAUUUAGGGAAUCUAAUAUGUAGCAAUUUGGGUGCAAGAAUGGAUUCCGAGCCUAAACGUUGGAGAAUUUUAGCUGAUGUGCUCUAUGAUAUAGGCACUGGUUUCGAAGUGCUUUCUCCCUUGUGUCCACAGCUUUUUCUUGAAAUGGCUGGUCUAGGAAAUUUUGCCAAGGGGAUGGCAGUUGUUGCAUCAAGAGCUACAAGAUUACCUAUAUAUUCUUCAUUUGCUAAAGAAGGAAAUCUCAGUGACCUAUUUGCUAGAGGGGAGGCUAUUUCAACUCUCUUCAAUGUUAUUGGAAUCGGAGUUGGAAUUCAAUUAGCAUCUACUGUAUGUGCGUCAAUGCAGGGAAAGUUGGUUGUGGGGCCUCUACUGUCAAUUAUACACAUAUACAGCGUUACUGAAGAAAUGAAAGCAACUCCUGUCAAUACCCUGAAUCCUCAAAGAACUGCAAUGGUUGUGGCUGAUUUUCUCAAGGCUGGAAACGUAUCAAGCCCAGCUGAUCUAAGAUAUCGAGAAGAUUUGCUAUUUCCUCGGAAACUCAUAGAAAAUGCUGGAAAUGUAAGAGUGGGUAGGGCUUUGCACAAGGCUAUUAAGCCUUCAAAGCUUCUUGAAUUAAAACAAGUAUUCCCUGGGGAGAAGUUUCUUUUAAAUGGUGAUAGAAGGUGCAUUGAUAUGGUAUUGGAGCAAGAUGCUAUUGGUGUAGAUGCAUUGAGAGGGUGGCUAGUUGCUGCUUAUGCCGUACAAGCUGACAAGUCCUCUCAUCAGCUCAGCAGCAGUACCCUGCUACAGGCCUAUGAGAAGAUGAAUGAGGUGUUCCCUGUGUUUUUGAAGGAAUUACAGUGCAAAGGGUGGCAUACAGAUCGUUUUCUCGAUGGAAGUGGGAGCCGCUUUGCAUUCUAG